CACCUGUGGCAGCUGGUGAGGGUAACACUCGCCAGACAAGACCAAUAAAUUGUUACCAAAAUGGCAACCCUGGCGACUCUGUGUACUCUUCUGUCGCUCCUGUUUGUUGUUCAUGCAGACCUUGUGGCACAAUUUCAGGAUGCGCCAGAAUGCAUGAAGUACUUCUACAAAAGUAAAGUACCAAAAUACCAGGCUUCCAUACCUGGUACUGCACGUCUCUGCCAGCGCUUUGCUAACAGGUAUCACUUCGCCACGCUUUAUGACACCAAGCAUCGUAUUGCAGUUUACUCUGCGUACAUUUUCCAGCCCAGCAAUGGAGGCGGUCGGGAGAGAAGGUGGUUUGUGGAACCUCAGCUGGUAAAUCCAUCUUGGCAAGCUGAGAUGAAGGAUGGGUACUGGCUGGGGAAAGACCAUCCUGAGGUCUACCUGGGGGAGAAGCAAGCUCUCAAUGAGGACUACACACACUCUGGCUUUGACCGAGGUCACCUUAACCCUAAUGGACACCAUCCAGUUCCCGGUCGGAACGCCACUUUCACCCUCACCAAUGUGGUGCCUCAGAACCCCAAACUGAACCAGAAUGCAUGGAGAAUCCAUGAGUCUCAGCUCACUGAGCUUUUCCGGACCAAGUGCUCCAAGGCCUACGUUCUGGUCGGAGCUGUUCCCUCCGCGGAUAAUUGGAUCGUCAAGAACAACGUGAAGCGUGUCAACAUCCCGGACUACCUGUGGAAUGCUUACUGCUGUUUGGACAACAAUGACGAGCCCGUUCAGGGGGGCGCCGCCGCAGCCAGGAACACGGAGGACAACUGGGUGGAAAAACUCUCCCUGGAUGAGCUGGGCGAGUUCUUGCAACAGUUCUCAGACCAACCGGUGGGGGCGCUGUUUCACAACAACUGCAUGGCAGUUUGAUUUGAAUGAGUAGCAAUAAAUAUAUUUAGUCAAAUUUGUACAAAUGGAAAAUAUAAUGAAGCAUAAUGAAGCAUCAUUAUCUUGCACAGCAUUGAGAUUGAUUAUCUCAUACAGUUAUGAAUAAAAAUGAUCAAGUUUAUCA